AGGUGACCGACGUGAUUGGCUGAAGUGUCGUAUGAUGAAGCAGCGUGCCAUCGUUCCAUCUGUCCUCCAUGAGCUGCAGAAGCCGCUCAGUGUGCCGGUCAGACCGUCUGCAGCAACCCUCGGGCUCAGCACUCACACUAUCACCUGCUCACGCAGCUCUCUUGCACCAUGCUCACCCGUCUGUUCCGAAUGCACGGCCUCCUGGUGGCCUCCCACCCCUGGGAGGUGAUCGUUGGCACAGUCACCUUAACCAUCUGUAUGAUGUCCAUGAACAUGUUCACUGGCAAUGACCAGAUCUGUGGCUGGAACUUUGACUGCCCCAAAACAGAGGAGCAAAUUCUGAGCAGUGAUAUCAUCAUCCUGACCAUCACACGUUGCAUCGCCAUCGUCUAUAUUUACUUCCAGUUCCAGAACUUGAGACAGCUGGGAUCCAAAUAUAUUUUAGGCAUUGCUGGCCUUUUCACCAUAUUCUCCAGCUUCGUAUUUAGCACAGUGGUCAUACACUUUCUCGACAAAGAGCUCACAGGCCUCAAUGAGGCUUUACCCUUCUUCCUGCUUCUCAUUGACCUCUCAAAAGCAUGUGCUCUCGCCAAGUUCGCCUUAAGCUCCAGUUCUCAGGAUGAAGUGAGGGACAACAUUGCUCGUGGCAUGGCAGUACUGGGACCUACCUUCACUCUGGAUGCCCUGGUGGAGUGCUUAGUCAUUGGAGUGGGAACCAUGUCAGGUGUGCGACAGUUGGAAAUCAUGUGCUGCUUUGGCUGCAUGUCUGUCUUGGCCAACUACUUUGUGUUCAUGACUUUCUUCCCUGCAUGUGUCUCACUGGUGCUGGAGUUGUCCCGUGAGAGUCAGGAGGGUCAUCCAAUCUGGCAGCUGAGCCACUUCUCCAGAGUGAUGGAGGAGGAGGAGGACAACAAACCCAACCCUGUAACCCAGAGAGUCAAAAUGAUCAUGUCCUUGGGCCUGGUAAUGGUUCACGCCCAUAGCCGCUGGAUUGCUGAGCCCUUGUCCAUCAACACCACAGUGGGCAUCCCGCAGGUCGGCAUGGACCUGGACCACCUCUCACCCAGGAGGAUUGAGCCAGAGAAACCACUCUGGCACUUCUAUCUCACCAGGAUGAUAACCAUGGACAUAGAGCAGGUGAUCUGUCUGGCCUUGGCCCUGCUGCUGGCCAUCAAGUACAUCUUCUUUGAGCAGGUUGAGAUGGAGUCUACACUGUCACUGAAGAACCCUAUUACUAUGUCUGCCCCGGCCCUGAAUCUGCGACGGCCCACUGGACCCUGCUGCAGGAAAGAGCCCCCAGCUCCUCGACCCGUUGCCCCCAGCCACAGCAUUGCUGCUUCUGCAUUGGCCAGUAAGGCAGAGAGAGAUGAGGUUAUCCGGCCUCUGUCUUCCCCGGCCGCUGAUCCCCAGCCAAAGAGCUUCUUUGUCAUAGGAGAUGAAGAGGAAGAGAUCAAGUCUGAGACCCCUCAGCCAGCACUCCCCCUAAAGCCCAGAGGCCUGGACCAAUGUGUGGCCAUCCUCAACAACCCUGAGCUGGGGCCUCGUUUCCUGAGUGAUGAUGAGGUGAUGCUUCUGGUCAACUCCAAACACAUCCCUGCAUACAAACUGGAGGCCACAAUGGAGAGACCAGAGAGAGGAGUGGCCAUACGACGACAGAUGAUAUCUGCCAAGCUUCCCUCUCCUUCUGCACUGUCCUCCCUGCCAUACACCCACUAUGACUACUCCAAGGUUAUGGGCACCUGCUGUGAAAAUGUGAUUGGUUACAUGCCCGUACCAGUGGGCGUGGCUGGACCGUUGCAUCUGGAUGGGAAACAGUUCCAGGUUCCCAUGGCAACUACGGAGGGCUGCUUGGUUGCCAGCACCAACAGGGGCUGUCGGGCAAUUGCUCUGGGAGGUGGAGCCAGGAGUUGUAUCCUGGCUGACAGUAUGACUCGAGGACCCGUAGUGAGGCUGCCCUCUGCCUGCCAGGCUGCUGAAGUCAAGGCCUGGCUGGAGAGCACAGAUGGUUUUCAGGCCAUCAAAGAGGCUUUUGACAACACCAGCAGGUUUGCACGCCUCCAGAAGCUGCUGGUUGGUCUGGCUGGGAGAAAUCUUUACAUCCGCUUCCAUUCCAAGACUGGAGAUGCCAUGGGGAUGAAUAUGAUCUCUAAGGGUACAGAACAGGCUCUGAGCAGACUGCAGCAGCACUUCCCAGAGCUGCAGGUGGUGGCUGUCAGUGGCAACUACUGCACUGACAAGAAACCAGCUGCCAUCAACUGGAUUGAAGGCAGGGGCAAGUCUGCUGUCUGUGAAGCCACCAUCCCGGCAAAAGUGGUCAGAGAGGUUUUGAAAACAACAACAGAAGCUCUGGUGGAGGUGAACAUCAGUAAGAACCUGGUGGGCUCAGCCAUGGCAGGGAGCAUCGGUGGAUUUAACGCUCAUGCAGCCAACCUGGUGGCUGCCAUUUACAUAGCCUGCGGACAGGAUCCAGCCCAGUCAGUGGGCAGCAGUAACUGCAUCACCCUGAUGGAGGCAUCAGGACCAGUAGGGGAGGACCUAUACAUCAGCUGCACCAUGCCUUCUAUAGAGCUGGGCACUGUAGGAGGAGGCACCAACCUGCCCCCCCAGCAAGCCUGCCUUCAGAUGCUGGGCGUGCAGGGAGCCAGUCAGGACUGUCCAGGAGAGAACGCCCGGCAGCUGGCCAGGGUUGUGUGUGCCACCGUGCUGGCUGGAGAGCUCUCACUGAUGGCUGCACUGGCUGCUGGACACCUGGUUAAGAGUCACAUGACACACAACAGAUCCAAGGUGAAUCUACAUGAGACCCCAGGAACCUGCAGCAGGAAAGCCUCCUGAGUGCACGGGAGCAGCUGGGCCUCCUCCAGUGACCUGGGCUCACUGGACGGAGCAGUAAAUCCAGGACAAUCAGAAAGGGACUAAUCAUUCAUCACUGAAAAACAGACCUCAGACAACUUCAUAGAUUUUGGAUUCAAAUGAAACAUUUCUGCUCUCCUGUCACCAAAAGGAGCACUGAAAACUGAAGUGCUGCUUAUUACAGAUUCUGCAUCAUUUGAUUUCUUCACCAGGGUGGCCUGUGAAGCUAACAAGGACAUGCAGUGUCACAGUGGUGAGGCAGCCCACAAAGUGCAGCAGUAUUGCCAAGCAAACUGAGUCCUUGGUUCAACCACAAGAAGACAGAAAGAUUAACCAUGACUGACUUCAGGGAUGAAUAAAUAUGUGUGAAUGAAUGAUUAUCUGGAUCCAAAAGGCACUUUCAAGCCUAAGACUGCAAACCUCAGUCAAAGGCUGUGUUUAUGGGAUAGAACAGGUGAGGAUAAGUUAAAAAAAGAUGACUUCAUGUACCUGGACUGCUAAUAGGACUGUGCAACAAAUCAGCCAAUUCAUGCUGAGAUUAUGUUGAGACUGUGUAAUUACCAUAAAGCAACAAAACCAAUAGCUCAAGUGGUCUCUGCACUGCAUCUCCAGUAGCAGAGGAAAUGACUUCAGAGAACCACAGAUGUGUGUGUUAUCUGUGGAAAUAAACUGGCAGACUUUACAUUUGCUUGAUUUGGUGCUGUAAUCCAUCACAUUGUGUCUGCUUUUAAUUACAGCAAAGUUACCACUGAGUGAUGAUGCAGUGACAGACAACUGCAUUAGCAUAUGCCCUUGAUGCUUAAAAAAUGUAAUGUACCGUGCUGCAGAUGUGGUGUUGGUAAAAUUAAUUCACUUAUAGUGAGUCUUCCUGUUGUGCCAGUGGAUGGCAGAUAUUUUGAAUAUGUUUUGUAAUAAACACAAAAGGACUUUA